AUGACAGCUCAAAAGGUGCUUUUAGUUGGGAUUAGCGGAUGCUCAUCAAGCGGGAAAACAACGUUGGCUAAACUUAUCACGAAGUUUAUACCAUCAGCUGUGUUGCUCCAUGAGGAUGACUUUUUCAAACAUGAUGAAGAUAUUCCGUUUGACGAGAAGUUCCAGGUAAGUAACUGGGACUCUCCAGAUGCGCUAGACCUACCUCUGUUUCGUAAGGAGCUCGAUUACAUCAAGAAAACUGGUAACAUUUCUACACAAUUGAUACACAACGAUAACCACGAUGGUAAUGCCGAUAUCGCACUAGAUAAAUCUACGCAAUGCAAGAUCGAGGAGACGUUUGCCGCUGCUUUUCGGAACUCCAAUGUGAAGGUUGUCAUUGUUGAUGGGUUUAUGAUGUACCACGACCAAGAGCUUUUUGAAAAAUUCGACUUGAGAGUCUUGAUAAGGGCUCCAUACAGUACGUUGAAGAAAAGGCGUGCUGCCAGAAGUGGAUACAAGACGCUUGAAACUUUUUGGGUCGAUCCACCCUUCUACUUCGAUGAAUUUGUCUACAAAUCGUACCGUGACAGCCACGCACAUUUGUUUGAAAAUGGCGACGUAGAGGGCAAACUCAGGGCGGAUUCUGAUGUUUACAGCUACAAAAACGAUGACGGCGUGGAUAUCAAUGAAGCCCUGAUUUGGCUUUGUGAUCGGAUCGUUACAUUGCGCUGA